AAAGGAUUUUUCACCUGAAAAUCACGUUUCGCGCAUUCCCGCCACAAAAUCUCACCCAUCUCCCAAGGCAGAGUUCGUGCUCAACUUUCAUUUUACGUCAUUUUGGUGAUUUCAGUGAAUUUUCCAAUCACCCUGUGGUAGGCGUUUCACUCUUUUUGAAAUCUCAUUGACUGAAAGACAAGAACAAGAUGUGCUUGGGUUAGUUUUAGUAGCCGAGAGUAGCAACGCAUUUACAGAAAAGCCUGAGUUCUGGAAUUUCGAUGAAUCUGCCUCAGUUUGAGUCGAGCCGUCGCAGGAGCACCAUCGCACCCACAAGUCAGUGUGCAGGGCACCUUGGCCACAGAGCCCCAUCGAGUACAGCAAUUUCGGUGAUUAGAUGCGAAAGUAGAGGACAGUAGAGUGUGUCUGGCGAUCGUGAUCGAGUGAAAAUCGAGGCGUGAAAGAGUGAAGAAGGCGAGAGAGAUUAAAAGACCGAGAGAUUUUACGGGUUAGGGAAAAUGAACAUUUAAUUGGGUGCAAUUGGUGUGUGUAAAAGAGACCCCAAGCAGACAGAGUGUCACUGUGAAUCUGGUGAAAAAUGAGUGUGCGACACAAAAUGAGUUCAAUGCUGAUCUCACUCGUGAUCCUCCUUAUCAUACGGCUCACCUUGGCCAGCCUCUCGGGCAUCUACGUGGACAAUGGCGUAGAUCAGACUGUGAUGCACCGCACCCUCACGCAGGAUGAUCAGCAGGAGGUGGAGCACGAGAUUCUGGAGCUGCUGGGACUUCCGGAUCGCCCCAGGAGGCGUCACAUUCACCCCUCUCUCAGAAAAUCCGCACCGCAGUUUCUUAUGGAUGUGUAUCGGCGCCUGAGCGAGGAUGGCGAGAGAGGAAACUCGAGGACGGUUCGCAGCACGGACGAAUUCGACAAUCUCAUCACGGAUCAGGAUCAAAUGGCCAUCGACCAGAGCGACAUAAUCAUGACAUUCUUGAACAAGAACCACCACGUCUCGGAGGUGCGUCAUGAGCGCGGACGCCGGCUGUGGUUCGAUGUGUCUGAGGUGGCGCGCGAUUCUGCCCUCAUGAUGGCCGAGCUGAGAAUCUACCAGAAGCCGGGCAAGUGGAAGGGCACCAGCAAGACCUUCACCAUCACUGUGCACACGAUCAUCCGGCUCAACGGCCAGAAGGAGCUCAGAGUGCUUUCCUCUGUCAACACAACGGCCGACUACUUCGGUUGGCUGGAGAUGAACGUGACCGAAGGACUCGCACUGUGGACAGCGGAUCCCAGUCUGAACAAGGGCCUCUACAUCAGUGCCCAUUCUACCGACCGGCCCGAUCACGAGGUUAAACUCGAAGACAUUGGUCUGGUGAACACAAGAGGAGACGAUGAGUACCAGCCCUUCAUGGUGGGCUUCUUCAAGGGGCAGGAAAUCAUUCAGCCCGUGCGUCACUCGCGGCGCAUAAAGAGAAGUCCUUCCAAGAGGAGUCACAGGAGGAAGAGCGAGAAUAGGCAUCCCCUCAUCGAUACGAGACCCAACUACGAUCACAAGAGUUGCCAAAUCCAGACUCUCUACGUCAGCUUCAAGGAUCUGAAGUGGCAGGAUUGGAUAAUCGCUCCUGAAGGCUAUGGUGCUUUCUACUGCAGUGGCGAGUGCAACUUUCCUCUCAAUGCUCACAUGAAUGCAACAAAUCAUGCAAUCGUGCAGACUCUGGUUCAUCUUCUGAAUCCCACAAAGGUGCCAAAACCCUGCUGUGCUCCAACGAAACUGAGCCCGAUUUCUGUGCUCUAUUUCCUGGAUGAGUCGAAUGUGAAUCUCAAGAAAUACAAAAAUAUGGUGGUGAAGAGCUGUGGAUGUCACUAGAAUGCAAAGAGUCUGUCUCUUGAACUGGCAAAAUUUAUAUUAGAAAAUAUUGACGUAAGAUUAAUUCUGUAAAUACAGUAAUUUUAAUUAUGA